CGUACGAUCUCGCGUUAUUUCCGUGUGCUGCAGAUGCCCUUGUUAAAUUGACGAUGGGUUACUGGGAUCUUGAAGAGGGGAAGGACUGUGUUGAGAAAACAUGGAUAACCACGAAAAUAGGCACAGCGCUGGGUCUUGUUGGCUCCGCCUACCACCUCGUUGCGUUCCAGCCUGACUCGGCCCUCCAGGCGGUGCAGACAGCGGCUAAAGGCACCAUCACCAUGGCCAGCCUGGGGGCCAUUUUCGGGAUGGCCACCUGUCUGAGUGCCCAGGCCCGCAACGCCCCCGACGACCCCCUCAACUACUUCAUCGGAGGCUGCGCCGCGGGGGUCUUCCUGGGGGCGCGCAGACACAGUGCCAUGACGGGAGCCAGCGCCUGUGUGGGCCUCGGGACGGUUGCUAUGUUUACCAAGGUGGGGAAGAUGGAGGGGUGGCAAAUCGCCGGUCCCCCCAAAAUGUGACCCGCCCUGAAAACGCCUCGCCCCGCCCCGCCCCGCCCCGCCCCGCCCCGCCCCGCCCCGCCCGCCCGCCCCGCUCCAGUGUGACACCAUGUACAUUUGUCCUCUUUUUGAUUCUGAAUAAAAAACAUAAGUUAUA